CCCACGAGGAAGUAGCUGCGGCGCUGCGCGGGUCUCAGAGCCGGUUCGGCGCGUCGACUGUCCAGAGUCCGCGGCCGAGGAGACCCGAGGUCCGGGAGACAGUGACUAUGGCGUACCACAGCUUCCUGGUGGAACCCAUCAGCUGCCACGCCUGGAACAAGGACCGUACGCAGAUUGCCAUCUGCCCCAACAACCAUGAGGUGCACAUCUAUGAGAAGAGCGGCGCCAAGUGGAACAAGGUGCAUGAGCUCAAGGAGCACAACGGGCAGGUGACAGGCAUCGACUGGGCCCCUGAGAGCAACCGCAUUGUGACCUGCGGCACAGACCGAAAUGCCUACGUGUGGACACUGAAGGGCCGCACGUGGAAGCCCACUCUGGUCAUCCUCCGGAUCAAUCGGGCUGCCCGCUGUGUGCGCUGGGCCCCCAAUGAGAACAAGUUUGCUGUGGGCAGCGGCUCCCGUGUCAUUUCCAUCUGUUAUUUUGAGCAGGAGAAUGACUGGUGGGUGUGCAAACACAUCAAAAAGCCCAUCCGCUCCACUGUUCUCAGCCUGGACUGGCAUCCUAACAACGUGCUCCUGGCUGCAGGCUCCUGUGACUUCAAGUGUAGGAUCUUCUCUGCCUAUAUCAAGGAGGUGGAGGAACGGCCAGCCCCUACACCGUGGGGCUCCAAGAUGCCCUUUGGGGAGCUGAUGUUUGAAUCGAGCAGCAGCUGUGGCUGGGUGCAUGGCGUCUCCUUCUCGGCCAGUGGGAGCCGAGUCGCUUGGGUCAGCCAUGACAGCACUGUGUGCCUGGCAGAUGCUGACAAGAAGAUGGCCGUGGCAACCCUGGCCUCUGAGACCUUACCACUUCUGGCCAUCACCUUCAUCACAGAAAAUAGUCUAGUGGCAGCGGGCCAUGACUGCUUCCCGGUGCUGUUUACCUAUGACAAUGCUUCGGGGACAUUGAGCUUUGGUGGCCGGCUGGAUGUGCCCAAGCAGAGCUCCCAGCGUGGCAUGACAGCCCGAGAGCGCUUCCAGAACCUCGACAAGAAGGCCAGCUCGGAGGGGGGUGCAGCCACAGGGGCCGGCCUGGACUCUCUGCACAAGAACAGCGUCAGUCAAAUCUCGGUGCUGAGCGGGGGCAAGGCCAAGUGCUCACAGUUCUGCACUACAGGCAUGGAUGGCGGCAUGAGCAUCUGGGAUGUGAAGAGCUUGGAGUCAGCCUUGAAGGACCUGAAGAUCAAAUGAGCUGUGAGAAAUGCUGCCCUCAUCUCAACUGCUGGGGAGGAGGGAGAGGGGUUGGGGAGGCUAAGGGCUGCUUUGCUGAAUGCUUCUAGGGUACAGUACAGGUCUACAAAGGGGCUGCUCUCUCUCCAAGGAGGGGAAGAGGCAGGUGGCGAAUUUUCCUGCCUAUUUAACAAAAAUGUGCCUUUUAAAGAAAUGCUUUCAUUUAUUGCAAACCAAAAACAAGACAAAAACCCCAAAGCACAAUGCUGGUCAUGAACAGCUUGAAGAUGUGGGCUAAUAAACAUCCCAAAUGUGGACAGGCCUGCCUGUGUCUGACGUAAGGAAUCUGAUGUAUGGGCCCACUGGAAACAAGACUGACAAGUCCAGGGACCCUCUCUCCCGCCUGGGCUUCAGCUGUCAGGACCAGCCUUGAACCGUCUGUUUCAAGCCACUUGUUAAGUGGUGUGAUUCUGAUACAAAUGGGGUCCACCUUGCUCUGGACCUUAGUGUUAUCAAUCUCUUAUUUCUCCACUACGAUGUAGGCACUGGGUUUUUGGUAAAUGAUCAUUGGUUUCUAUACAAUCCCCUAUUUCUGUUUUAGUCUAAGGCCUUUUGUCUUUGGGUUAGCCUUUACACAGCAUCGUAACUGACAAUUAUUUGACAAUUACCUCAAAGAUUUCCUAGGUGAGAACCAUCCUUCCGUAAGGCAAGUCACCCAACCAGAAGCAUCAAGCCACACGAAGCUCCCAUUACUCUUUACCGCAGCCCUGGCCCCGGAGUGUGAGACAGGCCCUAUGCCUAAGGUCAUCCCAUCCAUGGUCUCCUUACACACACACACACACACACACACACACACACACACACACACACACCCCUACACCUCCAACCCAAGCAAUACACUUUAGUUUGGUGUUAAGAACUUCAGGUAGGAAUCCUGCCAAGUCACCCCCACUCACCAUAUCUCACAACCACCUUUUACUAGUCUGUCCUAGGGCAACAGGGCAUUACUAAAAGCUAUCACCUUCCUCAUUUUAGAGCCAACCUUGAAUCUGGGUAGUUGCAGGGUCUCUCCUGAAGCCAUCAAUUAGGGUCAGGCCCAAAGGCAUGUGGUAGCAGUCACUAGAAAAUGGACUCAAAUGUUAUCUCUAUUUAAGUCAUGCUUGAGUCUCUGGCAGCCAUACCUAUAUUUGACCCCGACAUCUCCAGACCCUCAAGUCCCCUCACCCCCAUCUGAAGCACAAAGGACAAUGUCAUUCAGGUGCGGAAUCCCACUCAGAUGGGGCCAGGACAGGAGCCUUUCAUUGGGCCUGAAUGUACAAGUAACUCAGUGGCUAGCACUAGGCCUGCUCCCUAACUGCUACAACGCUAAGGACCGAGGUGGCAGCUCAGGCUGUAGUGAGCCCUGGGAGCCUUUGGGAACCUUCCUCCAGCAGAAGAUCAGGAUAUAACCAGCAGGCAGGACCCUGGAGGCCCACGGGGGCAACUCAACACCACUCCAGUCUGCUAUAGGUUCAGGGCUGACCCUCAGAAACAUCCUAGGUCUCUAUUAUGUCACUGGCAUCUAGGCCCUGUACCUUACUUUUUGCAAAAGCCUGACAGUGUUUCCCCAGGUAGGUGUGUGCCCUGAACCCUGCUGGUACCUGCCAUCAGCAAAAAUAGGGACAGUGGGCAGAUAAACUGUCAAACACGGAUUUAUGAUAAUGUUGUUUAAUUUGCCAAAUAUACAAGUUGAAUUU